AACAAAACUCAUACCUCUGCAUCCCAUUUUCUACGUUAUUUUCUAUUAAAUUGUGGUUCGCCUUUAAAGCUUUAAAGGAAAUGUUUUAGUUUCUUUUCCCUACCACCUUAUGUUUUAAAGCAAAUUGUUUAUUUAACAGUCAACACCAUUGGCAUUGUGGUUUAAUAAUACCAGACCAGUGUUACACAUCAUGACGGUCAGUCGUUUCAUUUUUCUAAUGAAUCAAAUCAAAUUAAACAGUGCCAUGUUAUUCUAUUAAUGAAACAUUUGUGCUGGAAGCCAAAGUAUGAAAUUGUCACGUCUUCAAAUGAGAUGAUUAAUAAGACUUUCAAUCUUUUUUCGAAUGUGAGAAAAACCCCCAAGGUCUUUACUUAAUGAAACAAAUGCAAUGGAAAUGCACCCAAAAGAUGCCAGUAAAAUUUUUGUAUUGGAUUUAUCUAAAUGGAUACACGUUGCAAACCUGUAUGACUUCUUUUCUUCUGCAGAACAUAAAAUAAAAUAUUUUGAAGAAUGUUGGGAACCAAACAACAUGGACCCCAUUGACUUCCAUUGUAUGGACACACAACCACGUUUCUCAAAAUAUCUUCUUUUCUGUUCCACAGAAGAAAGAGUCAUACAGAUUUUGAAUGAUAUGGGGGUGAUUGAAUGAUGACAGAACUUUUAUUUUGCUAUCCUAUUAUACUCGUUGAAGAUUGUUUCUUUCUUCAAAGAAAAUCUUUACUUGAUACAUUUGAGUUGAGAUACAUAAAUGACUUUGGUUGUAUUAAAGUAGCAGUAUAGAAACAGGAUUUCCACUUCCCAUCAUGCUUUGCACGGACAUGGUUGUUUAAAUUGACUCAAUUCAGUUUAGUUCAUCAUACAUUAAGUAUUUGAGUAGAGAUAACAUAUUUCUGUUAUGUUGAACCACUGUCCAUAAUUGAAUUAAGUUAUUUUAAAGUAUCAUUUUUUGAGUGUGUAAGAAAGAGAAGGUAACACCCGCUUCAUAAAUGAUUAAUUAUGUUUCAAGUUUCAAAAGUUUGUGUAAGCCAUUUGAAUCUGCAAAGAUUUAGCACAAAUACUACAGUAAAAGACAAUUUCUUUGAGAAAAAUGUGUUUCUCAAAACAGUGCUUUCUGCCCGGCUCAAACAUGAACAUGUGUGACGCGUGCCAGUGUAGUUUUUUGUCAAACAGAGACUAGGGAAAGAUUUUCAUAUUUAAUUAUUCACAUAUUAAUAAAUAUUUCCAUAUGCUCUAAACUUCUAUGGACUCGUGUAAUGUACUUGCUCACAGUGUCAUAUCUAAUUCCCAUCUGUAAAUCGGACAACAUUCAUUUUUGUCUUUCAUUAUUUGCAUAAUACGUUGCUAACACAUGCCAUCUUUUAACAUAAGCUGAGAGUCACAGCUCUCCAUAAUGAAAACAGCCUGAAGCUAGUGGCCUUUCAUUUGAGUGAUGAAUGUUUAGUGUUUCAUUUAUGGUUUAUCAGUCAGUUUCAAUCAGCUUAGUUUGAAGUGGUUAGGGAAAGGCGGUAUAUGGGUCGCUGUCCUCUGAAUAAAUAAAUAUUUCUGAUGUAGAAUUCCGUAGACUUGUUUCUAUCAUCAGACCUUGAUUCUUGGUCAUCGGCCUCAUUUAUAAACGAUGCAAAUGCACAGAUUUAAUCUUAGAAUACACCGUAAAAAAAUCUCGUAAAAAGAUAUUUCCUGGCAGCUGGGGCACCAGAAUUAAACCGUAAAAUAACCGUUUUCUUCCUAGAAAAUUACGUUUCCCCCUUUUUCUUGUAAAUUUGCGGUCUUUUCUGUAAUUUUAUUUUUUUACUGUAUUUUUAAAAAUACAUGAAAAAUCUGUGUAUGCUAAAAUGUCAAUGUUUAGAUUUAUAUAAACGAUAUGGUGCCACUACAUUUUCUUUAAGCCCAAAGUUUACAGGCCGGGGGUGAGGACCCAGAAGGACUUAAAUGUACCAUUAGCGUUCAACGUUCAUCGUGAACAAAAUACAUGUAAAUGUAAAUGUAAAAAAUGCAGCUGGGGCGCCAAUAAAAUACUGUAAAAAUUUCAUUUUUUUUUUGAGAAUUUGCAGUCUUUUUCUGUAAUUUGCAAUUGUUUACCGUAUUUAAAAAAUCUGUGAAAAUCUGUAAAAAAAACAGUAAAAUUCUGUUAAUUACAGUUUUUUUACAUUAUAUGUGAAAAAUCUGUAAAAAAUAAAAGUAUACUUUGAUAAAAUUACAGUUUUUUAAAUAGUGAACAGUGCAGAUGCGAUGAGAGAUUCAUUGUAGAAUAACCCUAUAGUGCCAGUACAGAUGUCAGAUACAGAUGACCACAGUAAACUCUUAAAAGCAACUGAAAAUCUUGCCUGCAGUCGUCAUUAGGUUCCACCUAAUUGAUUGUUUCCCAUUAGCUAGCGUAAAUAAUGGUCCCUUUGAAGGUACAAGGGUCAAUUAUACUGUCCCUGAAUGAUUUGUCUUAAAGCUCCAACUGUUUUCAAGGUGUUUUUAGUGCACACAUCUAAUGUAAAUUCAGUUUUUCAGUUAAGCUUUACUAAGUAACCACUGAUGAAUUACAACCAAGCUAAAUCAGGGACGAUUUUUAGGAGACAGAGAGGAUUUUAGCUCGUGUUUCCACACUACUUCAGUCUCCUACUACAAGUCACACGUAACAUUUGACGUUCCGAAAAGAAGGCAGCGGCCGCUCCAGCGUGUCAUUUUGCAACGUGGCGUCCACGCCCAUCUCGAGUAACAGACAAGCCACUGACCAAUAGCAGACCUUCUAACAAUCACGUGCUCUGCUAGCUGCGACACGAUUGGCUGUGUGUCACAACACAACCGCUCCGAGUUUGGUUGUAGCGCUUUGUGAUCCGCCGGGUAUGUUUGAAUCGACUUGUACUGUAAUCAGAUGACGUGAAUCGUUUUUCUAGUAGUUUACACGUUCAAAAGUGUAACGCGUCUUUCUGGCAACGGCGACGUCUGUGGUGCGUGACUUUAUCAGAAGAAUAAGCUCGAUUACACAUAUAUUUAAGUCCGUGCCCGAUUAAAACUGGGAUUGCAUCAAUCAUGGACGUGUCCGUAUAUUUAUGUGUUUUCUCGCUAUGCACGUGUCUCGCAUACGGGAAACCCACUAUUAGGAAAGAGCGAGUGCACCACGAGCCUGAACUGAGAAGACAAGCGCACGAGGACAACCAGAGCUACCAGUACGAUCACGAGGCCUUUUUGGGCAAAGAAGAGGCGACCACCUUUGAUCAGCUCACCCCAGAGGAGAGCAAAGCUAGAUUGGGAAAAAUCGUUGACCGUAUUGACAGCGAUGGCGACGGCUAUAUCACCACCGAUGAACUCAAGGCCUGGAUCAAGAGAGUACAGAAACGUUACGUCUAUGAGAAUGUGGCAAAGGUCUGGAGUGAUUACGACCUGAACAAAGACAAUAAGAUCUCAUGGGAUGAAUACAAGCAAGCAACCUACGGCUACUACCUGGCCAACCCCGAGGAGUUUGAGGAUGCGACCGAUCAGUUCAGUUUCAAGAAGAUGCUCCCUCGAGAUGAACGCAGGUUCAGGACGGCAGAUUUGGACAGUGACCUGGCUGCGGAGCGAGAGGAGUUCACGGCUUUCCUUCACCCGGAGGAGUUCGAUCACAUGAAGGACAUCGUGGUUCUUGAGACUCUGGAGGACAUUGACAAGAAUGGCGAUGGUCACGUAGAUGAAGAUGAAUACAUUGCUGACAUGUUUGGAAAUGAAGAUAAUGGUCCAGAACCAGCCUGGGUGAAGACGGAGAGGGACCAAUUUUCAGACUUCAGAGACCUCAACAAAGACGGGAAGAUGGACCAGGAGGAGAUUCGCCUCUGGAUUCUCCCACAGGACUAUGAUCACGCUCAGGCCGAGGCCAGACACUUAGUGUACGAGUCGGACACAGAUAAGGACCAGAUGCUCACCAAAGACGAGAUUCUGGAGAACUGGAACAUGUUCGUAGGCAGCCAGGCCACCAACUACGGUGAAGACCUGACCAGGAACCACGAUGAGCUGUGAGCCCAACUCAAGAGGAUGAGACUCUAACCACAUAAAGGCCUAGCGAGAACAAGUGUGUCCUGGCCUGAAGCGCCGUGGUAUCUUUGGAACCCAUCAGAAGCCAUUUUUACUGACUGAUCUCUAUUGUAGCUCUACCUCACGGACUGGACAUGGAGGACCUGAGAGUCUGAAGCACUGGCGGCCAUGAUCCCACAUCCAGAUCUCCUGUACUCUGUGCUCCUUAUGUGGGUGGUCAAGAAACUGCUCUUGGUUGAACAAGCUGCUACAGACGUCUUUUCUAUCGGACACGUUUUUUGUUUUGUUUGGAAGCAGACAAGCUGUCAUAGGAUGAAACCUGUAUCCGUGGUGCCAA